GUGUGUAAUUUUAUCAGGCAGAUUCCUACGAUCAUCCUUUUCCACAGGCGAGCGACCGAGAGUUGGUGUGGGUCAUGCGUAUCACCGUCUUGGUGGUCGCCGGCAUAUCAACGGUGAUCGCCAUCAAAGGAAAUUCUAUCUAUGAGCUUUUCUACCUGUGUGGUGACUUCGUGUAUGUCAUGCUGUUCCCGCAACUGACCCUGGCAGUGCACGCGCCCAACUACGUCAACACGUAUGGUUCCAUCAGUGGAUACGUCCUUGGUUUCAUCCUCAGAAUCUUGGGUGGUGAAAAGGUGCUUGGAAUCCCAGCUGUGAUAAAAUAUCCGUUUUAUAUUGACAACGUUCAGUAUUUCCCCUUCAGGUAAUGGACUAUAUGUUGUAAUUAUAAG